AUGAAUUCCAAGGUGACUUCUAGAGAUAUCCAGGAUAUAAUUUCGAAGCUCUCCUCGGACAAGGCUAAAACUCGAGAGGAAGGGAUAAAGUUGUUAAACACUUGGCUUGAAGGCGAACGGUCUAUUCUAUUCUGCAAAUACUUGUCUGAUAAAUCUGCAUCGGUUAUAUCUAAUGAAAUUCCUCACUCGGAGACAUGGCCUUUUAUGAUUUCAUUGUUGGUACAAUGUGUAAAAUUGGAGAUAUCAUCCAGUAAAAGGCGUCUACCAAAAUUGAGUUAUGCAAAAACACUCCGGAUGGUGGUUCAGCGGGCAGAGGAUUCCAAGUUUGCAGGAAAGAAUUUGGUUCUCUUACCUGUGGGUAAAUUGCUUUUCAAUCACAUUUUGGAUGUCUUAAAGGAUGCUCCUAGCUUUCAGUCUGAGUAUGGGGUUAUCCUCCGGCAUCUUCUGCAACUGCAUCAUUAUCAAUUUCACAUUAGAAAGCGUAUUUACAGUAGUCUUGUGCUCUUUUACAUGGAAAAGGUGGAGACAGGCUUUGACCUGACAACUGAAGGCCAUCUGAAUCCAAAAGAGGAGAUCUUUCGUUGCAUUUUGACUCUUCAUUGUCUUCUUGAGAAUCCUCCUGGGGAUUUUCCACCUGAUCUUCGAGAGGAUGUCGUCGAUGGAUUUAUAAGGAUUUUUUCUCAUAUAAAGGAGGAAGGAAAAAUUUCACGGAAGUUGGUUGAGUGCAUCAAUACAUUUUUAUUAAAAGAUGGCCCAAACUUGGAUGGCCGAACCCUUAAAAUCCAUGAUGCUGUUCAUCUUUUUGUUUUCCACUGCUGGGUAACUACACAUGACCGUAGCUUAAAGGAAGCACUUAUUCUCUACGCAAGAUUGCAGCUGAAUUUGACCAGGGGUUUUGGGGAUGGGAGCACCUUAUUAGAACAACUUCUGGAGGUGGUAUGCAGGGAACUAGAUCAAAUGAGUAUUUUGAGCACCAGUGUUUCUUGGAAUGAUGCAACUAGAGACGACAAAUGUGGAACCUUAACAAGCUCGCAACAGAGCUUGGUGGAGCUUGCAGCUCUUGUGUUUCUGCGGGCAUGCACAAGCACAUUGAAACAACUAUCAGCUGAAAAGCGAGCCCGGAGAGAGCAUGCAGCAGUGCAGAUAAAAGCUGGCCUAGUUGAAGGAAAAUGGUCAUGGCAUGCUGCAUUCUGUUUUCUUCUCCGUCAUUAUUGUAACCAACUAAGAAAGGAUCUUAUCAUCUUUUGGUUUGAAAGUAUAUGUUCGAACUUUGACAGAAUAGUGAAUGAGGCAAAUGUGGAGCAUGCUUAUGAUGGUCUCCUCUGGACCUUGAGGAGUCUGCAAAUACUUUCUUCAUCACUGCUGUCUCCUCUGGCAAAGUUGAGCGAUCCAGCAAAGUCAUCUUUUUCUCUGAAUGAGCUUGGCAGAUUGUGGCAUUCGGUAUGGAGCUACACAAUCCGCUGUUUGCCCAUAUUUAGUAAUGUCAUUCCAGUUGCAGAUGCAGCUCUAGUGCUCCUAAGUAACAUAAUUUUACGUGUGUGUCCUAAUACAUUAACUGUGCCUCAAGAUAUAUGGGACCUCCGGUUAUUCAAUGGUUCGCCAUCAGUAUCUGUUCUGCACUUGAUUUCAUGCUACUUCUCAAGGAGAGUCUCUCAAGUUGAUCUCCGUGAUGCUUUGCAUAUGAGAAAGAAUCUCUUAAGAGCAGUUCUAGCACUUCUUAAUUGGAAGGAAUCAGCCUUUUUAAAUGAGCAGUUGGUGAUUAUGGUACCAGCAGCAAUAUAUGCUCUUUGUGGUGGAUGUUAUCCUUUACCAGAACCCAAGCUUGAUGUUGCUGCGAACUGGGUUAAGGCUGGACGGCAAGAGCAUGAUGUUCUGCAUGGUAUGUUUGAACUAUCUGUAGAAGCCCUUGCGAAGAUAAAUCGUGAAUCUGGUUCUGAGGUUUUUCAAUCUGAAUGCUAUCAAACUGUGAGGUUCCUUCCGAAGACGUUAACAGAUUUUCUGUGUCAAGAGGUGGAAAAUCUUAUUCUUGAAGCUUUAAAGGAGAAGGAAUUAGAGAAGAUGACUCCUAUAGAUAUCUUCUUCACUUGUGGUCUAUUAUCAAACUUGAUGUACUGCUCAUACACCGUGAGGAGUAGCGAAGAGAAUUCCUCGUUCAUUUCUAAACUCAGUGAGAACAUUAUAGAAAUGGUAGAUCACAGCGUUAGAAUCUUUGAGAAAACUCGCAAUGAUGUUCGAUGUGGUUGUUCUGCCUCUGGUGACAUCAUCAAUGACAUGGACAACAUUGUCAAUUCUUUUAAGAUUUUUAUUGGCUCUCCACUCUUCAGCCAAGGGAGAAAACACCACAACUGUGAUACUGUAAUUUAUUCAGGGAUUUCGAAAGCUAUUGGGAGGCUUCUAGAGGGUUUAUCUAAGCUCUUUGAUGCAUGUCCUGAUCAUCGAAGUGCUAUUCCUCCUGGAGUAAAUCAUUCUGACGGUUCUGGUAGUAACGAUAUACACACUGAUCCAUCUGAUAACAGUUUAGACAUAAUUGUGGAUAUGGAGUUAGAUGUGAACAAUGAUCCCAAGUCCAUGGAUGUUACAGCUUUGGGUCAGACGAGUACUGAUGUUCUUGUACUUACCUCUCUAAAUCUGAAGAUGGAUGUUAUUUAUUUCAUUUCAAACUUUUUCUCAGUUUUACCAUCCAUGACAUGGGAUAUCUUGUUUGACAUUCUUGGAAAAGUGAGCAUUCCGAAGGUGACAGAAAAUAUUUUGUUCCACUUAUGUGAAUAUCCUUACUGGCCAUCACACAGUAAAGUUUCUGAUAUGGUUGAUACUCUGCACACUUUAAUUGAUACACAAGCAAAACUCAGACUCCAAUGCCUAGAUAUUGUUGAUGCCAUCUGUAAAUUGGUGCGGAAAUUGUCACUGGCAAGAACCAUAGAGGAUGAAAGCUGCUCUUCCUUGCAGGGUGACCUUUCUGAAAAAGUACUGGUUUCUCUCCAGAAUCUGGUUAACAAAAUUAGUGAAACUACUCUUUUCGACUGGCAUGGUCGCUGUAAGCUUAUUGGUUGCAUAUGUGAUUUCAUGUUGCUAAAUCCUGGGAUUGGUCAGCCCAUGAUUGAGAAGUUAUUUUUGAUGCUUCAAGAUUCUGACUACCGAGUUCGAAUCUGUCUGGCACGGCGAAUCGGUGUCUUGUUUCAGAUUUGGGAUGGUCACUAUGAACUCUUCCAGGACAUAUGUUCCAGUUUUGGUGUGAAAUUGGUUAUGUCAUCCAAAGGAAAAAUCGUCACGGUGAAGGAAGUUUUAACUGCUGGUCCUCAGAGUCGUUCAUUGUUGGAAACUACAAUAGUAACCCUCAUGCAUCUUGCACUGGAGAGUGAGCAUAUAGAAUUGGAGGCUAUUUUUAUGAUUUGUGUUAUUGCUGCCAUUGAUCCUUGUCAAAGGGAAUUGGUCGGUGCAGUUCUUGAUAAUUUAUCACAAGAGUUACAGUACACAACCAGGGCAAAGUAUAUGGAGGAGCUUACUGGGCCUCUUUUAUUUUGCUGGGUUGCCUGUGGUGUAAGUUUGCCCGCCCUUGUUGAGAUAAGGGAUCUGUUCAUCUUGAAUGCGGAACCUAGAACUUUCAUGCUGUACUGUUGUCAUUGGCUUCUUGCAUCUCUGCUUUUGGAUGAGGAUACCUCCAAUUUGCAUUGGGUUGCGAAGGUUGCUUGCCAGCCUCUAUCAUCUCUGGUCAAGGAUCAUUUUGUGCAUAUCUUUGCAGUUUGUAUGGCGCUGCACUGCAGUAAGAGGGCUGGCUGGGAAAAAGGAAUGAUUGUGUUGGAAAGUUCAGUUCUCAGCAUAGCUGAGAUAUCCGAGGAUGAGAGAGACGUGCUUAUCAAAAGGCACAUGGUUUCUAUUGUCAACCGUCUCCUUUCCCUUGCUGCUGCUACUGCAGAUCCUGCAACUCCAUUUUUCUCCAGCGAGACCAUUAUCCGUGCUAUUCGAACUGUUGUUGAUGGAUUUGUGGAGAUGGAUGAUUGUUCAAGUAGCCCCAGGCUGAUCGACAAGAUAAAUAUAUUCCGGCCUGACAGAGUAUUUACGUUUAUCAUUGAAAUACAUUACAAAGUUGCUGCAGCAGCUCAUCAUAGGCACAAAUGCCAUAGGUUGUGUGGCGUUGAGGUGCUCAUUAAUGUCAUUGGGCAUCGAGCUGCAGUUGCUAGCACUUUCAAUUAUCUUCUCAGUUUAGUUGGCCAAUAUAUUGGUCCACAUGCUUUACUGAACCAGUGUUGUCGCAUCAUUUCAAUGCUCCUUAAGCUAUCGAAAGAUUGCCAAUCAGGUGGUAGUACAAUUGUUCUAGGUGAACAGCUUCAGUUUUUGGUGUCUAAAGUGGUUGGAUGUUGCAUGCCUUCCAAUGAGGGACUUUCUGUUGCCUCAAUAUCUGAAGUUCUGUCAUUAUUGAAUCAACUUAUUCUGCAGUCUGAUACAUCACUUCACGACUACAUCAAGGAGCUUGAGCCGUUCCCAGAGAUCAGUAUAUUCCAUGACUUCCAGAAGUUUCAUCAGGAUUUAUGUGUUGGGUACUCAUCGAAGAAGCACUUAGUGAAUUUGGCAAGGAGAUCUGUUUACCUUCCACCCAGAAUUCUCCUUUGGAGCCUCAAAGCAUUGCACAAAAAGCUCUUUGGAGAGGUUAAAAACGGCAACAUGGGUUUUGGUGAUGAAUAUUGGCAUUCUGACCAAGAUAUUGUUCAUUCAAUUUGGCAACUUGUUCGCAUAUGCAGCUUGGAUGAUGCUAAUGGGUUCCCGGCUUUAGUGUCCGAUUUUGUGUCUAGGAUUGGUAUUGUUGAUCCUCAUCGUGUUGUUUUCCAUUUCCCUGGGGACAUUUACAAAACUCAUGGCUGUGGAGCAGACAAGUUCAACAGGAAAACUGAUUACAGUGUACAUAUGGAUACAGCCAUAUCAGAGGAAGUCUUAAAUUUGCUUCUGAGGAUUUUGAAGAAGGAUUUGAUGAACGAUUCUGCCAAGAUAAUUGAUAUGACAACUCAAGCUUUGCGGGGCAUACUCUCAACAGAGAAGGGUCAAAGAGCUUUACAAUCAUUUGAGUCUCAUGAGAAAUUGCUAAUUGAGGUUCAUUCUAAGGGUGUUAAUAUGGAGCUAGCACAGAAGUUGGUAUCUGGUCUGGAGCUAAGGUCCUCUGAAACGUUUUCUUUAGAGCACACAGCCGAUUGGAACACUCAGGGCAAGACUUUUGACAUGUGGAUUUGUCCACUUGUUUACGCCCUUACCAGUUACUGCAACGACAUCAUUUUAAGAUUGUGUCGAGAUCUAGUUUUGGUAAAAUCUGAAGUUGCAGAGCUUCUGUUACCAAGUGUCAUGGUUAAUUUAGCUGGAAGGAAGGACUUGGAUGUCGAUCUGUGCAAAGUGAUAUCGCUUCAGGUUGAGGAAAAUAUAUUCAUCGAGUCCAAUAAAUUGACAAAAUCAAUCAAAGUUAUGUUGCAUGCACUUAACGAGCUUCGGCUGUGGCAUAUGCUGGAGAGAUCCACAUCAUCUAGCUCUAAGGUUGUGAAGUCCUCUAUUCAUGUAUCAAAACCCCGUUCUGCAACGGUUAAAUCGAAGGAUGAGAUAACAUGUAAAGCCAUGGCAACCACUAUGUUUUGGGAAAAGGUUUACUGGCUUCCUAUUGAUUAUCUAGUGGUUGCAAAGUCUGCCAUUAAUUGUGGAUCUUACUUUACUGCAGUUCUCUAUGUUGAGCAAUGGUGUGAGGAUCAUUUUAAUUUCCUCACGCUAGGUUCCCCUGAUUUCUCGCACCUUGAAACUCUGCCCCGCCACAUUGAAAUACUAAUCUCUGCUGUGACCCGAAUCAAUGAGCCUGAUAGCCUUUAUGGGAUCAUUCAAUCUUACAAGUUGAACUCUCAAGUAAUCAUGUUUGAACAUGAAGGAAAUUGGACAAAAGCACUUGAGCACUAUGAUUUACUCGUUCAAUCAGGAUCAAUGGAGCAUACAAAAACUUUUCAUGAGGAAUCUCAACCAUUGGGUCCAGGAAUGUUUCACAAAUAUGAAGAUGGAAGUUUACCCAAAACGCCUUUUAAAGGUUUGAUUAGAUCUUUGCAGCAAAUUGGCUGCACUCAUGUCCUGGAUGUAUAUUGCCAAGGAUUAGCUUCUCGGAAUGGCCAACUUCUACAGGACAUGGAGUUCACUGAGCUACAGUAUGAAGCUGCUUGGCGUGCUGGCAAUUGGGACUUCUCUAUUGUUAGUGAUAGAGGUUGUCCACUUCUUAAUCAAAGCUCCAGAAGUGUACAUUUUAAUGAGAAUCUCCAUAGCUGUUUGAAGGCCUUGAAAGAAGGCAAAGUUGAUGAAUUUCAGAAAAGGCUUCGAGGCUCAAAGCAGGAGCUUCUCUUGUCCAUUUGUCAUGCCAGUUCGGAGAGCACCGAAUACCUGCACACAAGCAUGAUUAACCUUCAGAUACUUUAUCAUCUUGGUAUGUCGUGGGAUUUACAUUGGAGACGGAUGGAAUCUGAAUCAGGAUCAGUCAACUUAUCUGAACCUAUUGCCCCAUCCACAGAGCAGCUGUCAUUGCUUAGUAAGGACUGGAGCCGAAUCUCAGAACAAGUGCAGCUGCACAUGAAUUUACUGGAACCAUUGAUAGCAUUCAGAAAAGUUCUGCUUCAGAUUUUGAAUUGUUCGGAAUCUAAAAUUCAACAUCUUUUGCAGUCAGCAUCAAUUCUUCGUAAGGGUUCGCGAUUUUCUCAGGCUGCUGCAUCUUUGAACGAAUUUAAGUUCGUUUGCUCAGAACUGGGGAAAGAAGACUCCAAUGUGUAUUGGCAGGGAAGGCUUGAAGAAGCUAAACUUCUUCGUGCUCAAGGACAGCAUGAGAUGGCAAUUAACCUUGCGACAUAUGUAUCUCAAAAUUUACAAUUUGACAAAUUUACCUCGGAUGUAUUUCGCUUGGUUGGGAAGUGGUUGGCAGAAACUCGAUCAAGCAACUCUAGAACAGUCUUGGAGAAGUACCUGAAACAUGCAGUUACACUUGCAGACAAUCUUAAAGGUGUGGACCCAAAAUCCGUAGCAAAACAAUGCCAAAUGCAUUUUCAACUUUCCCAUUAUGCAGAUGCCCUCUAUCGUAGUUCUGAGGAGAGACUGAACUCCAAAGAAUGGCAAGCGGCAAUGAGGUUAAGGAAACUCAAGACGAAGGAAUUGGAAGCUCUGAUUAGGCGUCUUAAGAGCUCAACAAAGGGAGCACAGAGUGAAUAUUCAAUAAAGAUACAAGAACUGCAGAAGCAGCUUACAAUGGACAAACAAGAGGCUGAAAAGUUGGAAGAAGACAGGGAUAGCUUUUUAACUACUGCACUUGAGGGCUACAAUCGUUGUCUAGUCAUCGGGGACAAGUAUGACCUCAGGGUGGUAUUUCGGCUUGUUUCCCUGUGGUUUGGCCUGUCUUCAAAACAAAUUGUCAUUGAUUGUAUGCUCAGAACAAUUGAGGAGGUUCAAUCAUACAAGUUUAUUGCACUGGUUUACCAAAUUGCGUCGAGAAUGGGAAGCGCAAAAGUAUAUCAGGGACCUCAUAGCUUUCAGUUUGCUUUGGCUUCUCUCUUGAAGAAAAUGGCAAUCGAGCAUCCAUAUCAUGCUACUUUCCAGCUACUAGCCUUGGCCAAUGGAGAUCGAAUCAAGGACAAGCAACGUAGCAGGAAUUCUUUUGUGGUGGAUAUGGACAAAAAGGUUGCAGCAGAAAGCCUCCUGAAAGAAUUACAGUUAUACCAUGGAGCUGUCAUUAUUCAAAUGAAGCAAAUGGUGGAGAUUUACAUUAAACUUGCCGAACUAGAAACAAAGAGAGAGGACACGAACAAAAGGGUUACUCUGCCCAGAGAUAUCCGUAGCGUUCGAGAACUAGAACUUGUUCCUGUUGUAACCUCUAAUUUUCCUGUUGACCGGAGUUGUGAAUAUUGUGAAGGCUCUUUUCCGCACUUCAAAGGCUUAGCAGAUUCGGUCAUGGUGAUGAAUGGCAUAAAUGCACCAAAAGUGGUCGAAUGCUUGGGAUCUGAUGGUAAAAUUUAUCGGCAACUUGCAAAAUCGGGCAAUGAUGACCUGCGACAAGAUGCGGUAAUGGAACAGUUUUUUGGUUUAGUUAACAUCUUUCUAGAGAACCACCGUGACACACGGAAAAGAAGGCUCAGGAUACGCACAUACAAGGUAGUUCCUUUUACCCCUAGUGCCGGCGUUCUUGAAUGGGUGAAUGGCACUGUCCCACUUGGUGAUUAUCUCAUAGGAAGCAUGAGAAAUGGAGGAGCCCAUGGACGCUAUAGAUCAGGAGACUGGACAUUCCUCAAAUGCCGGCAACAUAUGACCACGGAAGCUGACAAGCGCAAGGCAUUCCAAGAAGUGUGCCACAACUUCAGACCUGUAAUGCAUCAUUUCUUCUUGGAGAGAUUUUUACAACCUGCUGAUUGGUUUGAUAAAAGACUUGCGUAUACAAGAAGUGUUGCUGCUAGUUCUAUGGUUGGUUACAUUGUAGGACUUGGAGAUCGACAUUCCAUGAAUAUACUUAUCGAUCAAGUCACUGCAGAAGUAGUUCAUAUCGAUCUUGGUGUUGCAUUUGAGCAAGGACUGAUGCUCAAAACACCUGAGCGGGUCCCGUUCAGGCUGACUAGGGAUAUCAUUGAUGGUAUGGGUGUCACAGGAGUUGAAGGGGUCUUCAGAAGAUGCUGUGAGGAGACUCUUUCUGUCAUGCGGACAAACAAAGAAGCGUUACUAACUAUUGUUGAGGUCUUUAUCCAUGAUCCUCUUUAUAAAUGGGCCCUAUCUCCUUUAAAGGCCUUGCAACGACAAAAGGAAACUGAUGAUGAUUUGGAGACAAGCUUGGAAGAUUCCCAAGAAGAUGACUAUGAAGGAAACAAAGAUGCUGCUAGAGCUCUGCUGCGUGUCAAACAAAAGCUUGAUGGAUAUGAAGAAGGUGAACUGAGAAGUGUGAAGGGCCAGGUUCAACAACUCAUCCAAGAUGCCGUUGAUUCUGAUCGCAUGUGUCAAAUGUUUCCUGGGUGGGGCGCUUGGUUGUGA